AGUCACAUACAAUAUACACAUUAUUGUUAUUAUAUUCGUGCAAUAAUAAUUAUAAUAUUACAUAUUAUUUAAAAAAAAAAACAUAUUAUUAUCAUUAUUGUUGUUGUUAUUACUAUUAUUAUUAUUAUUACGCACAAGCAACAACUUUCGGACCGCCGCCGCCGCGUCGUUUUAUUUCGUCUGACGAAUAAAAAAAAUAUAAUAUCCGACACAAUCGUAUAAUACGCUACGCACAAACAUCAUACGCGCACGCACACGGCCGUGCAAUAAUAAUACAUUAUAUUGUUGCGGUUCAUCGUCGUCAUCGUCAUCCGUGUGCCUGCUCGUUGUUUCAUUUAACUUAGUAACAACGGUCGUAACAAUAGAGAAAAUAAUGCGCAGUGUGCUCGCCUCUGUCGUUUGAAGAAUAACGUCGCAGUUAUGCGCCUUUUGUGAAAAACAAUUUUUUGACUUUUUCCGAAAUCCAUACCGCAUCGAUAUAAAAUUUACAACAAUAUUAUACUUUAAACGCACUGAUCGUAGUGACGACACAUUAUUUAUGGCUAUCAAUCAGAUACUAUCGUCGAGCGCCCACAGAGCCCUAGCGCACGAGUACAAGAGUCUUCAGGAUGAACCCGUCGAAGGAUUCAGAGUAAAGCUGAUCGAGGACAAUCUACGAGAGUGGGAAGUGGCCAUAUUCGGACCACCAGAAACCCUUUACCAAGGAGGAUAUUUCAAGGCUCAUAUGAAGUUUCCAGCAGACUAUCCAUAUUCGCCACCAACUAUAAGAUUUCUGACAAAAGUAUGGCAUCCUAAUGUGUAUGAGAAUGGUGAUUUAUGUAUUUCAAUUCUUCACCCACCAAUAGAUGAUCCUCAGUCUGGAGAGUUACCAUGUGAAAGAUGGAAUCCUACCCAAAGUGUCAGGACAGUAUUACUAUCUGUAAUUUCUUUACUAAAUGAACCAAAUACAUUUAGUCCUGCUAAUGUGGAUGCUUCCAUCAUGUACAGACGGUGGAAAGAUUCCAAAGGAAAAGAUAAAGAAUAUGAAAACAUAAUAAAAAAACAAGUUGUAAGCGGCCGAUUAGAGGCUGAUAGAGAUGGAGUUGUGGUUCCACUUACGCUUGAAGAUUAUUGUAAAGUGAGCCAUGUUGCUCGGUCUUCAGCUGCUGCUGCUGCUAUGGACAGUGAUUUUUAUGUAGAAGACUACGACUUAGAUGUUGAGUCUGAUGCAAACUCUGAAGAAGAGUAUCAAGAUGAUGCUACUGAUAGUGGCAAUGGUGAAUCGUGAAACCAAACAACUAUUAGGCAUUUACAAAACAUUAAACAAUAUUUAAUAAACAGA